CCGUCCGGUGACUUGAAGGAAAAACAGAUUCCAUUUUAGAAUUAUCGAUUAAUUAACCCAUGAAUUAGAAUUAAUUUCGAAUAAAUAAAUAAAGAAAAAGGCGAGAUGGAAUUUUCGAUACGAAGGACUUAAACAGUAGCAUCCAGGAUUCCUUUCGUCCUUCACUGGGAAGGCCAAAAACGAACAGAUUUCGAAGAAGGUGACACAGCCUCCGCUUUGCUCCGCCGUGUUGCCACCUUCUCCUCUCCUCUUUAUGCGUGCUCCGUCGUUUUGUGCUGGAAUAAAGCUGUGGAACGAAAUUGCGGGGUGACGUGUUUUCAAGUUUUCUUCUUUUGUCUGCUUUCUCUGAGCCGAUCACAUAAACCCUAGCUCUUUCUCUGUGAAUUGGAGAGGGAGGCUGAUCGGAUGUUUGAUUGAAUGUUCCUUGUCGUUUUUUUUUUGGGAGAGGUAGGCAGAGAAUUGUAGAGAGAGUGGGGGAAGAUGCAGAGACGGAGUCCACCGAAGCACAGGCACGAUGGGACUUCGCCGCUGCCUCUCGGGAUGGAUUGGAGUCCUCCGCCCAGAAAAUGGAAUGGGCAGGAAACUGUUUGGCCACAUGAUCCUCACACAGGAUGGAGUUACUGUGUUACAAUACCUUCUUGGGUUGUCCUCCCAAAAUCAAGAGAUUCGGAUCCUGUAGUGGGGCAGUUCUACAGGGUUCAGGUUGGUGUACAAUCACCGGAAGGGGUUACAACCACGCGUGGAGUGUUGAGAAGAUUUAAUGACUUUUUGAAGUUAUUUACUAAUCUUAAAAGGGAAUUUCCAAAGAAAAGUCUCCCACCUGCUCCACCCAAGGGACUAUUGCGUUUGAAAAGCAGGGCACUCUUGGAAGAGAGAAGGUGCUCAUUAGAAGAAUGGAUGACAAAGCUACUAUCUGACAUUGAUUUGUCAAGAAGUGUUGCAGUGGCAUCCUUUCUUGAACUUGAAGCCGCUGCAAGAACUUCAUUUCAAGAUGUAAAUGAAGGCUCGUCAGAAGCAAAUGCUUCUGAAAAUGGCACAAUUUCAUCAUCUCAGGUUCUCUCAAGGCAGAGCUUACCUCCCCCUGCUGGUCCUUCAUCAAUCUCAUCAGAUUAUGGUAGUGAUAGUGCAUAUGAGGCCUCUGAGCUUGGAACGCCAAGAUUAGGAAGAGAUGGAAGUUCUGAACUUGGUCUUGAGGAGCUGAUGCUGGAUGGGGAUUUGACUGGUCCUAUAGAAAAAUUUGUAAAGUAUGGUAUGGCCAACAUUGAUGAGGGGCUUUUUAUGGGACAGACAAUUCUAGACCAGCUUGAAGGUUUUCCUAGGCAUAAAGCACACACUGGAAACAGCAAUAAUACUGAGAGAAAAGAUACAUAUGUUGGAAAUGAUUCUAACGAUUCAAUUUUUGCUGGUAACGGAUUGGAGCUUUUCUCGGAGCCAGAGCUGGGUAAGGUGGUUAGUCAUGCUAGAAAGCUAUCAGCUGAAAGUGUUGGAAGUGACAUAAGUUCUCUAAAAGGCAGUGAAAUGUCAAACUCUUGCAUUCCAAAUUUACCUGGUGAUGCCUCUCUCGAUCCUCAUGGAAGUGUUGAGGAGUCAAGUAUGACUGGAAAUCUUGGCAAUUCAGAAUUCCAAUUUUCAGGUGAUGUAAAGAUCCUUCUUCCUUUGGAUCAGCGUCAUAAGAUGAAUAGAGUUCUUUUGGCCAUGCAGCAGAGGCUAGUCACUGCAAAAACAGACAUGGAGGAUCUCAUCUCAAGAUUACAUCAAGAAAUAGCAGUGAAAGAUUACCUUACAACAAUGGUCAAAGAUUUUGAAGUUGAACUCGAAACUACAAAACAGAAAAAUAAAGAAAACCUGCAGCUGGCUAUUUUGGAUGAAAGGGAAAGGUUUACUAAAAUCCAGUGGGAAAUGGAGGAACUUCGACGGAAAUCCUUGGAAAUGGAGUUGAAGUUGCAUGCUAAACAGAGUGAAAAACCAAGUGCAGAGCCAACAGAACAAGCUGCUCCUCAGGAGAAAGAUAGGAUGUUGCAUGAGUUGGAUGCUACCAAAGAGCAGCUUGACAAUUUAUCGAGAAAAUAUGAAGAGCUGGAGGCAAAAUCAAAAGCAGAUAUUAAAGUCCUCAUUAAAGAGGUUAAAUCCCUUAGGAAUUCACAAAGAGAACUAAAGCAUGAACUGGGUCAAACAAUUAUGGAAAAAUCUGAAAUUGAGAAACUCCUUCAGCAGGAAAGGCAAACUAGUGAGCAUGCAAGAACCACUAGAGAAAAGCUGCUUAGUAAAUGCAGAGUUUUACACAACCAACUUCUUGAAUGCAAUGUCAAUUUGUCCAUUACUGAUGGUGAAAAUUCAGUAGUUGAUUCAUCCUCAAUAGAAGAUGCAUUGGAUUUGUUGACUACAUCUGACAAUAAAAUUAGCCUCCUACUCGCUGAGGUGCAAGCAUUAGAAAAGGAUGACAUAACUACUUCCGUGGACAUUGAUAAAGCGCAUGGAAAUGAUCAAGUUAUGAGAAUAGAUGAUGAGUUGAGGAAGUUGCUAGCAAUUAUCUUAGUAGACAAUGCUAAAUUAAGAAAGCAGGUGAACUCUCUGAUACGGCAUAGUCUAAAUACGGAUAUCAUGUCUACCAAUAAUAAUACAGAAUCAAGUGAGUCGAUGGAAAGAUGAAAUGAAAACUGAGUAGAUAUAUUUUUUACAUUUUACAGAAUUAUACAGUCUCCCCAUCUUUAUUAGUGUUCCUAGCAAUCUACUGUCAUAAUAAUCAUGAAUCACAAUCUCAAUAUUACUUGUACAAUUGCCGGUAACUCAUAAAAGCUGAUCUCCAGUUUUUGUUUUUGUAAUAUGUUUUAUGACCUGAAUGUAAUACAGAGACAGAAAAAUAAGAUAGAAAACUGAAA